AUGAUCAUCGUAGACAUAUUUUUGUUUCUCUUUGCUCCAUUCUUUGUUGCUAUCCUCUGGAGAUGUACCGGCGGCCCUCCACCGCCUGCCCCCCGUCAUCUCAACUGCAUCCGCCGCCUCGAGUACUAUCUAUGCCACAGCACAUAUAGACAGACGCUCGCCGGUUUGCUUCUGCUUCUAUUCUUCGGCAACAUGGUUAUCGCGAUCGAUGAGGGGAAAUAUUCGCCCAGUAUAUUCUGGCCAUCUUCGAGUCCAACGCCCAUUUUGCAGUUCUUGACUGUGAUGCUGCUGACUGCAGCUGUUGUUCUCUUGGUUAUGGCAUAUGGAAACCGUGGAGACCCAAAGGCUGGGGCUACCGCGAGGAUCGAUCUCUAUCUUUCUGCCGUGCAGUACUAUUGGUGCUAG